CUGAUUUUUACAUAACGCCACAGGACGGAUGGGAUCAUCUGUUUCAAGUUGUAAAGCCAGUUGCACCGUGAUGGAAGCAUCAAUAUCUUCCAUUCUUCUUGUUUUGCUAUAGAUUCGUAAUUACUUCUUGUGCAUAUAAUAAUUCUAGUGGUUAUUUUCCACUUCUCUCACAUGAUCUACUUCAGAGAUCAGUGUAUCAAACACGUAGAAAACGACGACAUCCUCUUUGGACGACUCCCUCCAAACGACUUCUUCUUCUAAAAGACUGAAAUAAAAAUAUCUCCAAGAACAACAAGAUGGCAAAAAUUCCUGGUGAAGCGGAAGUGGCCGUAUUUGUCCUGAUCCAGAAAUGGUUUCUGGAACGGAGCCUGCCAAAAACGGGAGAAACUUGGAGAAAGGAGGUGGACAAGUUCUUCCUCGCACAGAUUGCCCAAGAUGUGGAAGGCGGACAGGAAAUGAUAGAGAAAGCGUUAGCUGACGACCAAAGUGGAGAUUUGAAAGCAUCACUCCUGCUCCCAUGGGACACUCUUGUCCCACUUAUGGUUGUGUCCUCUUCGGAGGAAGAAGAAGGGGCCGCUACCCCUAUGCCGACAUCAAACAAGCAAGAAUCCUCAACAACAUCUUCGAGUUCUUCAAGUGAAAAGAAGAAGAAGAACUCCUCAGAGGGGGAUGCAGCAACAGCAUCGACGUUGUUGAAGAAGAUCAUUGCUGUGAAAGAAGGGAACGUUGACGUUGUAUCGAAAGACGUCGACCAAGAAGAACUCGUGGUGAAAGAAGUGGCAGCCUUUGUGGCGGCGCUUAGCGGAGCAUCAGGAUCGGGGAAAGCGCACAAGGCAUGGAAAAAGGAGAGUCCGAAGGAUGCUAGUAGUAUAAAAACUGCCAUAUCUUCUGCUACACCUUCUACCUCGACGUCUGAAAAUAUACCCAGCUGCACAUCUUCUGAUGGCGCAUUGUCAACUCAGUCUCUCGUAAGAAAAAUGGAGAAAUUCAUCUCUACUUUGGAAGUAGUGGAGCAAACCACGUCGGCAUCAAGUCCGACUUCAUCGACUGCAUCUACCUACGCGUCCAGCACAACAUCAAAAGAGGAGGACGAGGAGCCAGAAUGGCAACCGAAGCCUGAGUUUGAAGUGAAAAAAGUGCCCAAAGCCGAAAGACCGAAAGUCUCCCACAUUGAGGUAUUUUCCUAUUUUUCAACUUGUUAGAUGACUUUUGACCUGUGAAAAAAACAGAAUUGGGAAUUUUUAACCUCAAUUCGAUCAUAUACAUAGAAGAGCAUUUAUUCGUCUUUCCUAGUGGUAGUACUUACACUAGUACCUGUGAAGAGCAUCUUCUUCUACUUACUUUUUACGCAUUUAGUAAAACUACACAUCAAUACAUCAUGAACAGUGCCGUGAGCAGAACCGAAGGCAGGACUGGGGGUCGUGGGCGAAGACCUUGGAAAACAAGGAUGAGCGCCUGAAGAACGGGUUUCUUCGCACUGGCGACAGUUGGGGGGACAAGGCUUUCGAAGUCAUGAGCAAAGUUAAGGGAAAAGCAUUCGUGAAAGAAAUGCAGAAGAAAAAGCGAGCUUCCUGGCGCGGAGGCGGUAACAUCGAUAUGGGGGUGAACUCCGUCAUGUUCUCGGAUUCGGAUUAGGGCAGUUGAAACCGACUCUGUUCAUUUUACCUCAACAUCAAGACGCAGGAAAGACCAGCUGCAGCACUUCUGAUUUUUCUGCAUCUUCAACUACUAAGUACUUGAUGCCAACCUUCGUAUAAUUUCGUGGAAAUGUCAAAAUGAACAAGAAGGAAAGCAAUUCUGCAUUUUAUUCAAACAAUCUUUAUCUCAUACAAGAAGAUGAAGAUGAUGUGAAUGUGAUAAAUCCACCUACUCGCUGCAGCAACGUCCGACCCAGAUUAUACCCAUAAUUCCCAUAAAAAUGCUUCGUAACGUAACACCAUUUAUUUUCGACUGAUGAGAUUUGGAAAUGAUUCUUGUUCCUUAAACAUGAUGGAGAUUCAAUGAAUUGCUUGGAACAGGCUGCUGCGUAAAGGUAU